AUGUGGUCCUGGUUCGGCGGCGCAUCCGCCCAGAAGCGCAAGGAGGCGCCCAAGAACGCUAUCCUGAUGUUGCGCGGACAGCUGGAUAUGCUGCAGAAGCGGGAGAAGCAUCUCGAGAACCAGAUCGCGGAGCAAGAUGCCGCAGCACGGAAGCAUGUCAACACCAAUAAGAAUGCCGCUAAAGCCGCUCUCCGACGGAAAAAGGCCCACGAGAAGACACUCGAGCAGACAUCAGCACAGAUCAUGCAGCUCGAGCAACAAGUAUACUCGAUCGAAGCAGCGAAUAUCAAUUACGAGACUCUACAGGCGAUGAAGCAGGCUGGUUCAGCGAUGGAGCAGAUCCAUGGUGGAAUGAACAUUGAACAGGUUGAUGAUACAAUGGCCAAACUCCAGGAACAACACGCACUGGCCGACGAGGUCAACCAGGCGAUUACUUCCACCACAUUGGGAGACCAGGUCGACGAGGACGAGCUGGAUGCCGAAUUGGAGGGACUGGAGCAGGAGGCUAUGGACGAGCGUAUGCUCAAUACUGGUCCCGUACCGGUCAACUCACAGCUGGACCGUUUACCGGCUGCUGGAACCUCAGAUUUAAGCAAAAACAAAGCGACAGCCGAGCAAGACGACGAGGAGGCGGAAUUGGCCAAGUUGCGCGAGGAAAUGGCUAUGUAG